GGGCCUGUGAACUUGCCCUUGGACAGACAACCCUCGCAGGGUUGUGGGAGGAAGUGAGCAGUUUGUAGGAGUCUCUGCCGCCACAGACCUGGCUGGGACUUCCGCUGGGGCUGCUCCUGGUUGCUCUGAGCUCCAGGCUGGGGGGCUUCUUUUUGACGGCCAGGAGGGCUGCCUACUGUCCCCCAGACCACCCUCGGUCUUUCUCUUUUGUUUCUGCUUCCUCCGGCGCCUGAGCUCCCAGAAAGGGGCCUCAAGAAGAUCAUGGAGUCAGAGUGUAUCUACAAUCUUCUGCAGCUCCCUGCCAACGUGGAGCCCCCAGUGGUGGACCUGGCUCAAGGAGAAAAGAAGAAAUAUUUACAGCCUGAUUCUCAAAAGAACCCGAAAUUCAAAGAGCUACAAAAGGCCUUGAUGGAGUGGAUCAAUAGCAGCCUUUUUCGGGAACACAUAGUGGUCCAAAACCUGGAGGAGGACUUGUUUGAUGGGCUUGUCCUGCAUCAUCUCCUGCAGAAGCUCGCGUCUGUCACAUUGGAGGUUGAAGAGAUCGCUUUGACCGCCAGCAACCAGAAGCGGAAGCUGGCUAUUGUGUUGGAGGCACUGCACCAGCGUUUGCAGCUAGAGGAGAGCUCGGCCAAAUGGAAUGUGGAGAGCAUCUUCAAUAAGGACUUGUUGUCCACUCUUCAUCUUCUGGUGGCCAUGGCCAAGCACUUCCAACCUGACCUGCCCCUCCCUGCAAAUGUCCAAGUGGAAGUAAUAACCAUUGAGAGCACCAAGAACGGCUUAAAGUCUGGGAAGGCUGUGGAGCAGAUCACUGACUGCAACAUGGAUUCAGAUCAGCAGUCAAAAGUCGACAUCUUUGAUGAAUUAUUUAAACUUGCCCCGGAGAAAGUGAAUGCUGUCAAAGAGGCAAUCAUAAAGUUUGUCAACAAGAAGAUGGAGCGUUUGGGGUUGUCUGUGCGAAAUAUUGAUACCCAGUUUGCAGAUGGGGUUAUUCUAAUCUUGUUGAUUGGACAGCUUGAAGGCUAUUUCCUGAACUUAAAAGAUUUUUUCCUGACCCCCAGUUCUCCUGCUGAAAUGCUGCAUAAUGUUAACCUGGCCAUGGACCUACUGAAGGAAGGAGACCUGCUCAAUUAUCCGGUCAACCCCGAAGACAUCACCAGUGGGGACCCCAAAGCUACACUGAGGGUACUCUACAGCUUGUUUUCCAAACACAAGAGGAGCGAGGACUCCGAGGAGACAAAGACUGAAGCUGGGAAUUAGGCGUUCUUGAAGACAGUGCUCUGCUGAAGUGGUUUCAGCCCAUGUGAUCUUUGCAAGUGUGUUUAAUCUUUGAAGUAACAGGAAUCCAUGGAAGUUAAGUGAGUGAGAAGUGGUGAUGUGGUCUAGAAUCUGGGAAUCUGUUUAUGUUUCAGCUGAGGCUUUAUAUCCCCAAUAAAUGUGAGCUUACCUCUGAAAGAAUGUGGCCCUCUGACCUUGAACUUGACCUCAGUCCUUGUGAGAUGGAUGGCUGCCCAGGACAUCUGAUCAGCUCUUUAACCCCUGUGGUCAUGAGUGAACAAGAAGCCUUCACCUAGGUUGCGGACAGCAGCUCUGAAGGCUUGUGUCUGACUUUCUGAUAGCCCAGGAGAAGAGCUGGUGGAGAAUGGCAACACCAUUUCAGUCAUGGAAUCCCAGAACUAAGAGGAACCUUUGAGGUCAUUGAAUCCAGCCCAUAUUCAUGUCAGAAUCCCCUUUAUUUCAUUCCUGACAACUGUUCACCUAGUAUUCCCUUGGAUAUUUUCAGUAAAGGGAAAAUCCCACCCAUUAAAUUUUUGGACAGCA